AUGGUGCGCACCAAGGCGGACUGCGGCGGGACCUACCGGAAAGUGGUGGCCGCCCGGGCUCCCCGGAAGGUGCUGGGCUCCAGCAGCGUCAACGCGCGGCCGCUGCCGCCCGCCAAGAGAGCCGAGAGCCGCUACGCGGGGGGCAACCCGGUGUGCGUGAGGCCGACGCCCGCCUGGCAGAGGGGCAUCGGGGAGUUCCUGCGGCGGCCGCAGAAGGAGAACCAGGCACCGGGCGGUGAGGCGGCGGGGAGCAGCGGGACGGGGCGAGCUCGGCCCCUGCCACCAGAUCCUACGGAAGAUGGCACAUCCUCUGAAGAAGAGUAGUUAUGGUCCUAGCCUGGCUUUAAUAAUUAACUGCACAUCUCCUAUACUUGAGUUGGUCUUGAUACAGUCGUAUAUUUUUUUACGCUUAUGUUCAGCUAUUGCAUAGAACUAAAAGCUUUUUAUUAAGUAAUAUUCAAAUCUAAAUUUGAGAGGCUGCAAGAAAAUUAUGAUAGAGUUAAUAUAUACUUUCUGAAGCUUAGCAUUCAGUA